AGGCGCCUUACGUUGGAAUACAUCAGCUACAACUAUAGUUAAUUCAUCACAAAUAUUAGGACCUAGUGGAAUAUAUAUUAAUUCAAAUAAUACAUUGUUUAUAGUAGAUGAAUAUCCUAAUGAAGUUGUACGACGACUAUUAAGUAAUGCUGUAAGUGUUACUAAUGUAGCUGGACAAUAUCAAUCAGGUGGUUCUAGUUCUACUCAAUUCAAUUAUCCUCAAGAUGUUUAUGUUGAUGCAAGAGGAAAUAUGUAUGUAUCUGAUUUUUAUAAUUGUCGAAUACAAAAAUUUACUAAUGGAUCAUCAAAUGGUACAACAAUUGCUGGUAUAACUGGCUCAGCUGGAUCUGCAUUCUCACAAUUUAAUGGCCUUCGAUAUUUUACUUUCAACAUUACUAAUGGGGUUCUUAUGGCUGGUAAUAAUGGAGCUGGUAAUUCAAAUACAACAUUAAAUAAUCCAUGGGGUAUUCAUUAUUUGCCAUCUGUAAGCAAUGAUUUAUUUAUAACAAAUUAUAAUGGACAUUCAGUAAUGCGUUGGACACCUGGCGCAUCAUCAGGCUAUUUUGUAGCUGGAGUACCAGGUGUAUCAGGUCAAACUUCUAUGUUACUUAGCUAUCCAAUAGGAACAGGUAUAGCUGGUAAUACUGCUACACAAUUGAAUUCACCAAGAGGUAUUGCAUUUGAUUCAGCCAUGAAUCUUUAUGUUUCUGAUACAGGAAAUGGUCGCAUUCAAAAGUUUCUUAAACUUUAA